UUUGUGUCCCUGGUGAACCCAGUUAUUGUGGAGCGAGAGGGAAUUUGGAGGGGCCAAGGAUUCCUCCAAACUCUCUCUUACCUGCCAUUUUGGCGGCUUUUUUUUUUUUUUUUUUAAACUUCAGGGGAUUUUAGUCUCUACCUACUUUUGGAACCAGAAUUGAAGAAUGACUCUUGAAGCCGGAAUGGGUGACAGUGUCAUCACGGUAUUUUAUUGAGAGACCAUGGAUUCUUAUGAUACGUCAGAAUCGACUCCUAGGCAGAGUGCAUCCUCAAGGCUUAAAGAUUACUUUAUAGGUGCCACCCCUUUGCAGAAACGAUUAGAAUCAGUCAGGAAGCUGACUUCAUUUAUCCCAACUCCACCUCGAAGGAAAAUUCCUCAGUGUUCACAAUUACAGGAAGAUAAUGAUCCUCAAAAAGUUGCAUUCCUUCUGCAUAAACAAUGGACUUUAUAUAGUCUAACUCCCCUAUAUAAAUUCUCCUAUACUAAUCUCAAAGAGUAUUCUAGACUUCUGAGUGCAUUUAUUGCUGCUGAAAAGCAAAAAGGGCUUGCUGUGGAAGUGGGAGAAGACUUCAACAUCAAAGUGACUUUCUCCACUCUCCUAGGAAUGAAAGGAACACAAAGAGACUCUGAAGCGUUUCUCGUCCAGAUUCUGUCAAAAUCUCAAUUGCCAUAUGGGAACAGAGAACAUAAAGUGUUGUGGACUGGUUGGUUCUGCUGUAUAUUUGGAGACAGUCUUCUGGAGACUGUUUCAGAAGAUUUCACCUGUGUACCCUUAUUCCUUGCAAAUGGAGCAGAGACGAACACAGCCAUAGUAGGAACCUGGUUUCAGAAAACUUUUGAUUGUUAUUUCAGUCCCUUAGCAAUCAAUGCAUUUAAUCUUUCCUGGAUGGCUGCUAUGUGGACUGCAUGCAAAAUGGACCAGUAUAUGGCUGCUACCGAAUUUCUUUGGUCUGUACCCUGUAGCCCUCAAAGUCUGGACAUUUCUUAUGCCAUACAUCCAGAGGAUGCCAAAGCUUUGUGGGACAGUGUCCACAAAACACCUGGGGAAGUUACUCAGGAGGAAGUUGACUUAUUUAUGGACUGCCUUUAUUCACAUUUCCAUAGGCAUUUCAAAAUUCACUUAUCAGCCACAAGAUUGGUCCGUGUUUCCACAUCUGUAGCUUCAGCACAUACUGAUGGAAAAAUAAAGAUUCUGUGUCAUAAAUACCUUAUUGGAGUCUUGGCAUAUUUGACAGAACUGGCAAUUUUUCAAAUUGAUUGAAGUCUUGUGGGGACUAUAUGUGAUGGAUUAUAUACUUUUUUCUCACUGAUUAUUUGCCUAAUUGCUGUGCUGAGAGGGCCUGCAGGAGAAAUAUGCAUCUAUCUCUGCAUCUGUUUUCCUCUCAGUGCCUUUGGAAUUGCCCAGAUGGAAUUCAAGAAGGAUCUAGAAGAACAAAGAAGGUGGUAGUAAAUGAAUCACAGCCAGGUGCUCGAUAAUAGUCAUGAUGAUCUGGGAUGCCAGAUUCUAGAAAAUGCUGAGUUGUUAUUUUCUUGGACCAUCUUUCUAAAAAAUAUGUA